UAGCUUGACUACAUGUUUCAAGUCUCUCAAUCUCCUCAGUGAAUAGCAACACUAUAGUCUAUAGCAGAGAAUAAUGGCAGAAGAAUGUGAGCCAAAAUGGGAAGGCAAAGCAAUUGUUGAGGUAGCAGGCACAAGUGCAGAACUAGUUUGGCCUCUAUUAGAGGAUUUUUGCAACCUACAUAAGUUGAUCCCCUUAGACACUUGUUAUCAAGUUGAGGGUAUUCAAGGACAACCUGGUCUCAUCCGCUACUGUGCUUCCUCCACUAAAGGGGUUACAAGUCCAACCAUUAUGUGGGUCAAAGAGAAGCUACUCACAAUCGAUCCCAUCCAACGAUGUUUGUCCUAUGAAGUUGUUGAUAACAACAUGGGAUUUAAGUCUUAUGUGUCCACACAGAAAGUACUGCCAAUUAAUGGGGAUGAUGCUAAUCUGGGACUGGGGUGCAAGAUUGAAUGGGGGUUUGUCAGUGAUCCAGUUGAAGGGUGGAGAUUCCAAGAUUUGAACUCUUACAUUGAGUCCUCUCUCCAGUUUAUGGCCAAGAAGAUUGAGCUUUCCAUGAUCUCUACUUAGUGGACAAAUAAUGAAGUUAAUAUCUGGAAUCUUGAUACGAGAAUAAAUCUGGUGGUAUUUGGUAUCUAUUUGUGUAAUUUCAUUGUAUUGUAGUGCUAUUAAAGUUAUUAUAAAAUUUGUAACAUUAAUUGGUUUGCAAACUUAUAUGAUGAUUUUUUUCACUUAGCA